AUGCAAGCGAUUCCUGGUGAUUUCGAUGCUUAAAUGAUUGCCAAUGAGCAGAUUGAAUAGCCGUUUAUGGAAUAGGAGACGGAGGAUAGAAAUAAGGAGUAGGAGGAGGAGUUGACUGAGGAGCAGAAGGAGAGAAGAAGAAAAAUAUUGGAAGUUCAAUUGGCCAAUAAAAGAUUAUUAUAUAGUAUUCAUAAUAAGGACAUGGAGAUUUUUAGAGUAAAGAAAGAAAUUGAGGAUCAAAAAUAGUUAUUGGUUGAGCUGUAAUAGCAGGAUUAGGAAGUUCUGAAUGAUUCUUAUCUAUCUCACAGAGCAUUGGUUUCAUAUGAUACUUAUUUGAGAGGGACACUCAGGGAAUAGGAUAGAAAAAUAUACGAGUUAGAAUUAAACAAUGCAGAUAUAAGUGAAAUUUCGGCCAGAAUUGAAAAGAUCAAUAAAGAAUAUGAGAGAAACAUUUAACCUCUUGUUGUUGGAGAUUUUAAGACUUAAAUAGAUGCAGAUAUUAAGAGUUCAAAAAAUUAAAUUGAUGCUCUGAGAAACCAAUUUAAGGAGAUUGUGGAUGACAUUGUGAAACUGCAUGAAAAACACCUUGAUAACAUAGACAUGUAUUCAACCUUACAGAGAUAAUUGCAAGAAUAAUUAUUAGCAAAUGAAUAAUUAGAUUAUGAAUUAAGCCAAUUAAAAAAGAGCAAAGAGUAAAGUUGA